AUGCCGUUGCCGGCGCCGGCGCUUUUCAGUAGUGAUCUUCUUCUCAGGGACUCUUUUUUUCUUCAGGUGAGAAUCAAAAUGGUUAUGGAACAAGAAUCAGAGUGGAAUUCAGCUCAAAAUAUCACGAUAAGUGAAGAUCUAGUGUCUGCUGCUAAGCGUCACCUCCAAUUUCUUGCUGCUGUAGACAGCAACCGUUGGCUUUAUGGAGGCCAAUCUUUGCAAUGGGCCAUCUACAGGUAUAACGCUUGCUGGCUUCCUUUGCUUGCUAAACAUUCUAAGUCUCAUGUCACAAAAGGACCUUUGGUUGUCCCUCUUGAUUGUGAAUGGGUUUGGCAUUGUCACAGGCUCAAUCCUGUCAGGUACAAAUCCGAUUGUGAAGAAUUUUAUGGAAAGAUUCUUGACAACCAUCAUGUUGCAUCCUCUGUUGAAGGAAUAUCAAGCAAUGAAACAGAAGAAAUAUGGAACAAACUGUAUCCCAAUGAGCCCUAUGAAAUCAACCUGUCACUUCCAAAUACAGAACAUUCAGAAAAGACCUACUACAGAGCUGAAAAGCAUACGAAAUACAAUCUUGUUUUAGCUAUUGAAAGACAAGUCCCUUUCUUUUACCAGUUACACCCUGCUUCUUACAGUAAAGACUUGGUGAAAUCACUUGGAAAGAUUCUUGAACAUGAUGACACAGAUCAAAAAAGAGGCAAAGGUCAGAAACUAGAUGUUGGAUUUUCUCAAACUAUAAAUCAAUGGGAGGAGAUGUUUGGUUCAAGGUAUUGGAGAGCAGGAGCAAUGUAUAGAGGUACUCCACCUUCUCCUCUCACAACCACUCAAGUUAUAUCCAAAAAGGUUGAUGGGUUUCAGAAAUCAAUCGAUCUUCCUGAAGAAAAUGUCAUUGAGGUUGUAUUGGAGAUUGUAGAAAUCAAAAACUUACCAAAGACCCAUAAGAAAAAAGUUUGGGUUUUUUUCAGUAAGGCGCAACCUGAUGGAAUCUUUGAUGUUAAAAGGAGAGUUGAUAUCCAGUCUGAAUCUGGGAAGAAACAGGUUGCUACAUUCCAGUGUGAGGCUAAUGGAUCUAUUCUCUUUGAACUUGUUUCUGAAUUAGAUCCAUCCAAAUCAGGUGAAAGUGAAAUUUUGGGUUGCUGUUUUAUGUCUUUGGAUGACUUUUUUACCCCUGUGUUUAAUCUGUGUGUGGAAAAAUGGUUUGAUUUGGUUCCAAGUUCUGGCAUUGUUGCUUCUGAGCCUAUUCGUGUGAGAGUUGCAGCCUCAUGCACUCCCCCUUUCUCAAAAAGCUCAAUCGUUUCCGGUAAGGGACAGUUUGCUGUGAGCGGUGGAUGUGGAGGUGGUUGUGGGAAUAUGGUGAAGGGUGGUGGAUGUGGUAGUGGUUGUGGUGGGGGGUGUGGAAGUGGUUGCGGGAAUAUGGUCAACAGUGGUGGUGGUUGUGGUGGCGGAUGUGGAAAUAUGGUGAAGAGUGGUGCUUGUGGUGGUGGAUGUGGAGGCGGUUGUGGGAAAAUGGUUGAGGGUGGUGGUGGUGGGGGAUGUGGAGGUGGCUGUGGGAAUAUGGUGAAGAGUGGUGGCGGAUGUGGUGGUGGUUGUGGGAGUAUGGUUAAAAGUGGUGGCUUAGAGGUAGCAGUUAAUGCAUAAGGGAUAAAAUAAGUGAUCCUUGUAUCUCGGGAAGUUUCUAAGUAAUUGAUGUGCUGCAUAAGUAUAAAUAAGUGUGCAAAUGGUGUGUAUGAAUGCCAAUGGUGUGUUGUAUUAUGCAUUAUGUUAUAAGUUAUGUAAUGAUGUAACCAUGGAUCUCUAACACAAAUCCUGGUUCAUAUAUGUAUGUAAACUGUGUUUGGACAUGGCCUAAUUUAAAUUAUGAUGACGUGGCACAGUUUACCAUGCUUUUAUGUUAAAAAAGAAUAGAUAUGGUUUGGGAUCUUGUUCUUCUUUGGAUUAUGUGACUCUUUUGCUGCCAUGACUUCAUAUUUUGUUGAAGACUGUAAGCUUCCUCCAUUAUUAGAACGAACUAACAACUUAUACAACUCAUGGAGAGAUAUAAGGUAAAUACAAAUGAUUUGUGUAUGAUAUUCAUAAACAACUUAAUGUUAUAAAAUGGCCAC